AUGAGUUUCUGCAACCCCAUCACUUUGUCCAUGCUGGAGUCAUCCGACGUGGAUUUGGACUCCAGGAUGUUGAUGAUUUCCUGUAAGUCUUUGCGCAGCUCAUUGUCGACUGUGGAUGUUGUAUUCUGUCCAUCCAUAAACGGCGAUGCUGGAGCUUGUGAGACCCGUCUCUCCAUGCGCAUGACGUUAUCCAUGAGAGCCAUCGUUGAUGUUUUGCGUUGCGGGGUCGGCACCGAUGAUGGUGUUGUGCGACAAAACCACCAUCUUGACGUCCAGCACCGGGUCUUCACGAAUGCGGCCCACGCUCACGCCGUAACCCCCGUCUCUAUCACGGUCCAACCGUGGCUGUGGUCUAUUUUCCUCCUCCAAAACGUGGAUAGCGUGUUUGGGAGCAGAUGGACACUUAAGAGUAGUGGCCUCACACUCGUAGUCUCUAAGACAUUGCUUGAUGGCCUCGAUGGAUGGAGACUUGUUCUUGAACUUGAUAGAGAUGCACUCAGUGUGGCCGUCAGAAACAGCGACUCUGUUACAUUGGGCAGAAACGCGGAUCUCAUCGUCAGACAGGUUCUGCACGCUGUUACCGUCAGCAGCAAGCUGUCCGAGGAUCUUCUUGGUCUCCCACUCGAUCUUCUCCUCCUCUCCAGAAAUAUAUGGAACAAGGUUGUCGAGGAUGUCGAUACCAGGGAAGCCUGGCGAGAAUCCAGCGCCGGAAAUAGCCUGCAUGGUGGUGGUGGUGAGCAGUUCGAUCGGUCCGAACUUGUCAACCAAUGGUCUCAGUGGAGCGACAAGACCUGCGGUGGAGCAGUUCGAAAUACACACAAUUUUUUAGCGUUGGAGAUGACAACCAAGCCCGCCUCCUUGAAGGCCUUCUCGAUUGGACCUGCGUACUCGGCGUCGAGACCAGAGAAAACAACAGCGCAGUCCUUGAACGCCUCUGGUGUGCACUCGGAGACAACGAUCUCGCCCGCGCUGAGUGGCAUCAGACUGGUUUGCUUCCAGUCAACAGCAUCCUUGUAUUUCUUUCCUGCCGAACGGGAGGAUGCGCCCAAAACGGCAAGCUCAAACUGUGGGUGUUCGUUAAGCAGUUGGAUGAACCGCUGGCCAACAGACCCAGUGGCGCCCAAAACUCCAGCUUUCUUAAGUGCCAUGACGAUCAAUGACUAA